UUAUAAUUAGUCGUACCUAAACAAAAUACGUCCAAACUUUUUGCCCCAUAAGUUCACGUAUAUAAAUGCAGGCAAGUCUGCAAUCAGUUAUAGAUCGCCCAGGAUCCGAUCAGUGAAGUGACGUCUCUCUAAAAAACAGCAUCAACAUGAAUUCUGCUAUCGUGCUGUGUUUGGUGGCGCUGGCCGGCAUGGUGCUCGCGCGUCCUGAUGACACCUACACCACUAAGUACGACAACGUAGACCUGGACGAGAUCCUCGCCAACGACCGGCUGCUGAUACCUUACAUCAAGUGCCUGCUCGAUGAGGGCAAGUGCGCUCCCGAUGCCAAGGAACUCAAGGAACACAUCAGGGAAGCCCUGGAGAACGGUUGCGCCAAGUGUACUGACAAGCAGAAGGAGGGAACCCGCCGCGUCAUCGCUCACCUGAUCAAGCACAAGCUUGAGGAGUGGGAGAAGCUGAAGGCCAAGUACGACCCCGAGGGCAAGUACACACACAAGUACGAGAAGGAGCUCGAAGAAGUGCAACAUUAAUUCAACUGCAGCAAUAGCAGAUGAACUUCAAAUUGUGAUAUGAUGUGAUAUUGUUGAUUAAAAGUUUUUCGAUUGAAA